AUAUUUUGGCUUAAAGUCGGAAUUCGGCAUCGCUAGUAGAGUGAGAUGAGGAGAAGCAAUCAAACGAUUAACUAGUAGUAGUCGAAGAAGGAGUAAUUUCGCUUUCUUUGGAUAAGUUUUCCACCAAAAACUCAGCCAUGCCUGGCUUAAUGAGCGUGGCCGAGUUCGUGGAGGAGACAAGGGAAGAUUAUAACUCGCCGACGACGUCGACAUUUGUUUCGAAAAUGCCACAAUGUCGACAGACAAUCGGAUCGUUGGAAGAGACACUUGAUUUUGACAGAGAUGGUUUAACAAAAAUGAAGAAAGCAGUAAAAGCCAUAUUUAAUAGUGGCAAUGCUCAUGUUGAUAAUGAAGUCUACCUCUCUAAAGCUUUGGACCGUUUAGGGGCCAAUGCUAUGACAAAGGACCAGGAACCUGAUAUUGGUGCUGCUUUUAUAAAGUUUUCCAUUGUAACCAAAGAAUUAUCAGCUCUUAUGAAAACUUUGAUGCAAAAUUUAAACAACAUUGUUAUGUUUCCUCUGGAUAAUUUGCUCAAAGGUGAUUUGCGUGGAGUGAAAGGGGAUUUGAAAAGGCCUUUUGAUAAAGCUUGUAGGGAUUAUGAAACAAAAAUGGCUAAAAUUGAAAAAGAAAAAAAGCAACAAGCCAAAGAAGCUGGAUUAAUUCGAACAGAAAUAUCUCCUGCUGAGAUUGCUGAUGAAAUGGAAAAAGAAAGAAAAUUGUUUCAGCUUCAGAUGUGUGAGUACCUGAUCAAAGUAAACGAAAUUAAAACAAAAAAAGGUGUGGAAUUAUUACAGCAUUUAGUAGAAUAUUACCAUGCUCAAAACAAUUAUUUUCAAGAUGGACUAAAAACAAUAGAACAUUUUAGUGGCUAUAUAACAGAACUUGCCACAAAACUUCAAAAAAUUCGACAGAAACAAGAUGAAGAGAGAAAGAAAUUAAUUGAACUUCGAAAUACUCUUCGAAGUUCACCUUCUUUAGAUGGAAGAGAGUGUUUAUCAACUUUGCAAUCAGGAUAUAGUCUCCAUCAAUUGCAAGGUAAUAAACAUUAUGGUUAUACUAAAGUUGGGCAUUUGCAUAAGAAGUCAGAUGGAAAAAUGAGAAAAGUUUGGCAAAAACGACGAUGUGAAAUAAGAGAUGGAUAUUUAUAUAUAUCACAUUCUGAUGAAACAAAGCCUCCUACUAAAGUAAAUCUUCUUACUUGUCAAGUAAAAUCAGGAGGAGAUAAAUUUAAUCAAAGUCUAUUAGAAUUACAACAAAGUAUAAUACGACAAAUACAAAGGUUACCUGGAAAUGAUAGAUGCUGUGAUUGUAAUUCAACUAAAGAUCCAACGUGGUUAUCAACAAAUUUUGGGAUAUUAACAUGUAUUGAAUGCUCAGGGAUACAUAGGGAUAUGGGUGUGCAUAUAUCUCGAAUUCAGUCUCUUACUUUAGAUAAUAUUGGAACAUCACAACUGUUGUUGGCAAGAGUAAUGGGAAAUUCCAAUUUCAAUGAUGUUAUGGAAGCUACUCUUAGUCAGUCAAGGAAGUUGACACCUGACAGUUCCAUGGAGGAUCGUUACGAAUUUAUAAGGUCAAAAUAUGUAGAACAUAAAUUUGCCUUAAGGACUUGUUCAGAUGAAUCUGAUCUUAAAAGUGAUUUAGAACAUGCAAUACUUUCAAGACAUUUACAUCAAUUAUUACAAGCAUUUGCAGAAGGAGUAGAUUUGACAUCAGUUUUGCCAGGAAGUGUGAGUAUUUGCUGCUUCAUAUAUAUACAGUCGACCCCCCCUAUAGCACGGUAGAUACAUUCCAUUCUUUAUGAAUCCAUUUUGUACGAGUCCUUGCCAAUUACAUCCCAGCACGU